GAGCUGAGUCCAUAUGGGACCAUGCCCAGGCCCACAGGACAAUGGAGCCCCCUACCCAACUCCUGCUUCUCUGCAUAGCCCUGAUCUCAACAGCAAAGGCGGAAGCUCCGAAGGAAGGAGACCCAUUUACAUAUGACUACCAGUCCCUGAGGAUUGGAGGGCUAGUUUUCGCUGGCAUCCUCUUCAUCCUUGGCAUCCUCAUCAUCCUCAGCCGCAGAUGUCGCUGCAAAUUCAACCAACAGCAAAGAACUGGGGAACCCGAUGAAGAAGAGGGUACUUUCCGCAGCUCCAUCCGUCGCCUGUCCAGCAGAAGGCGGUAGGAGCCUGAGAUGAAGUCAGAGAGACUGACCAGGUUUCCCAGGGUUCCUGCCCGCGCUCCCACUCCCACGGUGCCCCCAGCACCUCCAAACCUGUAAUAAAGGCCAGUCUUCCACGCGCA